AUGGAUAUGCACUGCAAGGCAGACCCCUUCUCAGCAAUGCACCCAGGGCACGGGGGUGUGAACCAGCUCGGGGGGGUGUUUGUGAACGGCAGGCCCCUACCUGACGUGGUGAGACAAAGGAUAGUGGAGCUGGCUCACCAGGGGGUGCGACCCUGUGACAUUUCCAGACAGCUGCGGGUCAGCCACGGUUGUGUCAGCAAGAUCCUGGGCAGGUAUUACGAGACGGGGAGCAUCAAGCCCGGCGUGAUCGGCGGCUCCAAACCCAAAGUGGCGACCCCCAAAGUAGUGGAUAAAAUCGCCGAGUACAAGAGACAAAACCCGACAAUGUUCGCCUGGGAGAUCCGGGACAGGCUACUGGCCGAGGGCAUCUGCGACAACGACACGGUCCCCAGCGUCUCCUCCAUAAACAGGAUCAUCAGAACCAAAGUUCAGCAACCUUUUCACCCAACACCAGACGGGAGCGGGACAGGUGUGACUGCACCAGGACAUACUAUCGUGCCCAGCACAGCAUCCCCUCCCGUCUCCAGUGCCUCCAAUGAUCCAGUGGGCUCUUACUCCAUUAACGGGAUCCUGGGGAUUCCUCGGUCGAAUGGCGAGAAGAGGAAACGUGAUGAAGAUGUAUCCGAGGGCUCAGUUCCCAACGGAGAUUCCCAGAGCAGCGUGGACAGUUUGCGGAAGCACCUUCGUGGCGACACUUUCACCCAGCAGCAGCUGGAAGCUUUAGAUCGAGUUUUUGAGCGUCCUUCUUACCCUGACGUCUUUCAAACAUCAGAGCACAUCAAAUCUGAGCAGGGUAAUGAGUACUCCCUCCCAGCUCUGACCCCUGGUCUCGAUGAAGUCAAAUCAAGUCUAUCCACCUCUGCUAACCCAGACCUGGGGACAAAUGUGUCAGGACCCCAGACGUACCCUGUGGUGACCGGUCGUGAUAUGGCAAGCACCACCUUGCCUGGCUACCCACCCCAUGUUCCCCCAACUGGACAAGGCAGCUACCCAACCUCAACUCUUGCAGGAAUGGUUCCUGGGAGCGAGUUCUCAGGGAACCCCUACAGCCACCCUCAGUACACAACCUACAACGAGGCCUGGCGGUUCAGCAACCCUGCAUUACUAAUGCCACAUCCCGGGGCUCCGCACCUCCCACUGCUGCCGCUGCCUAUGACCGCCACUAGUUACCAUGGAAACCACAUGAAACUGCAGGGCGACAGCUUAGGCCUCCACAUUGUACCUGUCUGAUCACCUCCCUCCAUCCCUGGGAAGGCUGAAGAGACCUUCUCCGUUCCUCCCCACAGUCCAGUUCCUUCCUCUUCGCCACGAAGGCGCCGGACCAAGCGCUCACCACACAAGACUGAGACCCCCUGCC